AGUAGUAGCUCGAACAUAGCGAUAGUAGCCAGAGAAUCUGUCAACUGCUUUGUAAACUGUCUGUCGGAAGUUUGUAAACCUUGUGAUAAUUAAAUUUUAUUUAUUUUGAUUAAAUCAGGCUGACGACUUGUGUAAAAUGUUCAUCAAAUCAUUCAAAGUAAAAAGUAACAGCCCACUAAAGGGCUCCGAAAGAAAGAAAUUAUACGCUGAAAUAGCAGCUGCAUUUCCUACCUUAACAGAUGAGCAAAUCCAGAAUUUAUUGCCAAGGAGAGACUCUAUCAGUUCUCUAAAGAUAAUGACUCACAGUGGGGAAAUUGGCAAGUUGUUCUGUGCUUCAGAAGUACCAAUGUUCUUUCAACUGGACUCAGGAAUUUAUCCCACUAUUUUUACUCUCUGGCAUCAUCCUGAUUUGCUUUAUAACUUUACAACUCAUGAUGGCGUUAUACAGAAACUUGCAAGUGGCGCAAAUCUUAUGCUCCCUGGCGUUGUGCUAGAUGGACCAUCCUCUCUCCAUGCCUAUGGAAAACUGAAUAAAGGAACUCCUGUUUCUAUAAACACUGUUGACAACAAGGCACCUGUGGCUGUAGGAGUUGCCGCUCAUUCGAGUUAUGAUAUGUACAUGGCUGCUGGGCGUGGAAAAUGUGUAGACAUAUUACAUACUCUAGGUGAUUCUCUUUGUCAACUUGGCAAGCCUCCACUUAGACCACACCUUGGAGCUGCAUUUAUUGAACAUCGAGGACAGGAGGAUGAAGUGCAAAAAGAAGCAGGCAAUACUUUGGAACAUGGGAUCGAGGAACUAGAUAUUCGAGGUGAAAUUGAUACCAAAGCGGUAGUAGACCGCCUUAUGCAAGAUACUGUAGAAACCUCUGAAAAGGAAGAGGAGCCUAAGGGAGACAUAGUCGGAGUAGCAGAAAUUAAUCCCAUUGAGGAGAUGGAUAAACUGUUGGAGUACUGUUUCCUAAAGGCUUGCAAAACUACUAUCAAAAAAGGCGACCUUCCUAUGCUGUCCUCAAAUUUCUCCAAGAACCAUUUACUCGCUGUUUGUCCAGCCCAUCAAAGUAUAGACAUUAAAAAAUCCAGUUACAAAAAAUUGUCGGUAUUCUUAGCCAGUAUGAAAGCCAAAGGAGUUAUCAAUACCUCGACGAUGAAGGGUGUAGAAACUAUACUCUCUGUUAAAAUUGAUCAUCCACUGCUACAAGAACUAGUGAUAACAGAGCAACCAGCCACUGUUGAACCAGUUAUAUCUAACGUACCUGUUGUUGCUGAGUGCUAUCGAGUUACAGCAGACGUUUUACCUCUCUUGGCUGUAUUUGGAUAUGAAAAAGGUGAUAUUCUGACCAGGAUGGAAGUCCGAAAAUGCUUCACGGAUUAUGUCAAAAAAGAAAGUUUGCAAGAUGGAAAGAUGCUUACUCUGAACCCUCAACUUGCUGGCAUCUUGCGGACGAAAGAGAAUCAGGUAACUUUAGGUUGGGAAGAUGCGCUGAACAAAUUCAUUGGGCGGAUGACCCACACACACCAAGUAACCGUUGCUGGCACAAGGCUGGUUAGGAGUGGCAAAUUGGAACCCAUAGAUAUAACCAUCGCCACUCGUUCAGGAAAUAAAAAAGUGACGCUGGUAAAUAACCUAGAGACGUUCGGCAUAAAACUCCAGGAAUUUAGCAAAGAAUGUCAAGGAAUCGGAGCAAGCGCAACUAUAACUGAUGUACCUGGAAAGAAAACUCCUAGCGUACUAGUUCAGGGUAACCAAGUACUUUACGUAUAUAAACUACUCACCGAAAAAUACCAAAUCAAUAAGAAAUACUUGAGGGGUUUAGAAUUCGCUCCAAAACAGCGAAAAUAACGUACUUGCAUUUAAAACAGACCGAAAAAUUAUUCAACCCGCAGUUGCCCCGGUUUUUCAAUUCAUACAAUGGUAACAAAUAAGCUGCCGGCAGAACCGUUAAACGAAAGCUCACAUUAUAUGAUAUUGAAUGUAAAUGUAAAAAGGUAAAUAAAAUUAUUAUAUCAAAA